AUUGUCUCGAAUAUCUGUGCAGCCAAUCAGAAGCCUGAUUUGAACUUGCCCGGUUACAGGCUGGUAUCAGGGUGGUACUGGUGGCUGCUUUAUUCAUAGAGGACCAUAGCGCUGUUAUUAUUCAAGAUGCAGUUCAUGCUUCUCUUCAGUCGCCAGGGCAAGCUGAGGCUUCAGAAAUGGUACGUGCCUCUGUGUGACAAGGAGAAGAAGAAGAUCACCAGGGAGUUGGUCCAGACCGUCCUGGCUCGGAAGCCCAAAAUGUGCAGCUUCCUGGAGUGGAGAGAUCUAAAAAUUGUUUACAAGAGGUAUGCCAGUCUGUACUUCUGCUGUGCCAUAGAGGACCAGGACAACGAGCUCAUCACGCUAGAGAUCAUCCACAGAUAUGUGGAGCUGCUAGAUAAAUACUUUGGAAGUGUUUGUGAGCUUGACAUCAUCUUCAACUUUGAGAAGGCCUACUUCAUUCUGGAUGAAUUCUUGCUGGGUGGAGAGGCCCAGGAGACGUCCAAAAAGAACGUCCUGAAGGCCAUUGAGCAGGCUGACCUGCUGCAGGAGAAUAUAGACUUUCAGAUGCGCCUGUUUGCAGGUAUGAUGGUCCCAAAUAUGGCCUCAGAAUCCUCUGGUCUUUUCCAGAGUUAGGCCCACUAAGCCCCGUCAUGAGUACUUUAAUGUGCCUGUGUACUGACUGGCUGCCAUCACUGCUGCUGCUGCCGCUGCUGCUGCUGCUGCUGCUGCUAUCAUCCACCCUGCAUGCUGAGCUCCUCAGUACCUGGCACCUUUCUUUCUGCCCUCUGAGCACCUGACGUUCUCAUUGGUUACGGGGUUCAACAGUAGUCUCAGUUUCAGUUCAACUUGAUGCAUGACAGCUAUCUUACCCUACUGUCCAAAGUAAACUGAAAACGGUCACAAAUGAAAGUAAUUGAUCAGAUUCUGCCUGGAUAUGGCACGUUCUCCGACAGUAUGGAUGACAACGUCAAUGUCAACAUCAAAUGUUUAAAAUCUUUUACUUGGCUGUCAUUUGUCUGCUGAACUGUGAACCAUCUCAGCAGUUGAUCGUCUUUUCUUAUUAUUGUGACCACUGUUUAGGUCUGGAUCAUGUGUUGCCGUGAACCCAGAGUGGGCUGUUUGAGUAAUAAUUCAAACUCAUUUAUUUUUCUCCCGGGUUUAAACUAGAUCUGCACUCUGACCUGUAAAUUCUUGUGCAACUGAUCGACAGCUCCGUCUGACAUCCAGCAGCACUCUUGGAUCAGGCUGACACAUGAUUGAAAUGUUUCUGGUUUAAACACAUUUUAGCUAAAUAGGAUAAAUGAGACCAGUGUUAAUUAACUGUAGUGUACGUUGUACACAAAAUGGCCAUCUUUUUUUGUUUUUGUUUUCCUUCACUUUCGUCUGUGCUGCUGCCUCUUGGUCUGUGUGGAGAAAGUCUGCCCCCUGCUGCAGAGGUUGUAGUACAGCGUUGUAGCAAAGAAGUCUGUGUUUAAGUAUACAAUUUCAAGGCCUUGAUUCUUCAAAUCUAGAUUUACUAAAAGAAAAAUUUAACAAAUUCUUGGAGAAGAAAUCACAGAAUAUGAUUGUGUGACUUCUGAUCCAGUACUUACUUAAACACAGACGGAGGCUAACCAUCUUCAUCGUAUUCUGACCGGUUUCCUCACAGUUCAUAUUUUCAUCAAGUUCACAUUAUGCUUCCCUUGCGAGGAGCUCACAUGUUCCUUUACCACGCCGUUUGAUCUUUUUUUUCUGUUUUGUUUGUAUUUCUAUGUAUCCUCUUGUUUCCCUUUUGUUCAACUCCUUGUACUUGCCUUGAUUCCCAGGAAUUGUUAAAAGUUGUUAUAAAUGAAAACUAAACACAGAUCUUUUUUUUUUUAAUCUGCCCAAUACUUUUAAAUCAGUUAUUUAUAAUUGUUCCAGAACAAUUAAUAUUUAACAACUAUAAUUAUUUUCCUAUUUAAAUAAAUAAGACAACUCUCCAGGUAAGUGGCAUUAUGCUAAAAUGAUUUUGCACUUUGUUUAAAUUCAGUGAGGUGUCUUUUAGCCUUCCAUUUAUCCAUUUUAAAUAAAAGCGGACUGACUAAUCACUAAAAAUCUUCAGGAAGGUCUGUCAUUGAUCGUCUGUGUCUGACUAAACAGACAAUAGAGUGAUAUAUAUAUAUAUACAUAUCAGGGUAUAUAAUAAAUAAAUUGAUAAUGAUUCUCUCACCAUUAAGGACGCUGGUGUCUUCCUUUUACACGACCAUCAUCUCCUGAGUGUAUGCUGUUUCUCUCUAUUUUCUUUUCUGUGGCGUAAUUUCUUCACCUGUUUUUAUCUGUGUUAGAAACCGAUUAAAGAGCUACUUUCUUUGCAGUGUAAACAGUAGAUGACCAAGUAUUGAUCUCUCCAACAACACACUGCUAGUUUAAUGAUCAUCACUGUUGGACAGUGCUAUUUUGAUACGUUGAAGUCGGGGUUAAACAUCUUGCACUGAAAACCGAAUGACUACAGCAGUCAGUGUGUAGACAUGUAUACUUUCUCUCCUGUUAUCAGAAGACACUUUUUUUCUGUCACUGCUCUGAUGAAAGUCUUCUUUUUACUUUUGUGCUGAACCUUGUUUUAGGAUGCCAAAGAAGCAGAGACCCCCCGCAGUGUCCUGGAGGAAAUUGGACUCACAUAAACACCGUUCUCGUCAGAACCGCUGGCCUCGCGGCGUAACACCUGCCAGCACCGCUGCUGUAUGUAGCUGAGAACUUCAAUGCAGAUUUGAGCAAACACACACACCCUCACACUCUGACAUGUUGGCUUUUCUACUUCUUCUUCUUCUUCUUUUUAAAGACAAUGUAGCACUUUGUAUGCAUUUGCUGAGACAUUUGUUUGUUCAGUGUGAUGAUGUUAACUGUAAUAAAGAUAGAGUAUAGUAUAUUUUGGAAAGAAGUAAAAUUCUGGUUAAUUUUCAUUGAAUUCCAGGUGAUCACUGUUUUCUGUGAACUAAAGAUACAAUUUCUAAAAUGUCAAUUAAACUUUUACAAAGGGAAGUCAUACGUAUUACAUUAAAGGUAGGGUGAGGGAUUAUAUGGUGAUUUGUAACCCAGAACACUUUCUUGUCACGUUCAGUGAAUAUCUGAUCACUAUCCAUUAGCUGUCCAUCUCAUAAAUACACUGUAAUUAUCAUUAUAAUAAUUAUAAUGAUAGAUCUUCAUGCACAGCCUUGGAAACAAACAGAGCAGGGCAAACCAUAACAAACAGAUUUGGAGGGAGAAGCUAGCCCUCAGUGCUAGGAAUGUCAUCCAGAAAUCCCUUACCUGACCUUUAACAGAACCAAAGACUAAUGUUCAAUUUCACUGUUUCCUCUAUAGCUAUAAUGUGAUGAUCCUUUACUCAGUAAUACACUGUAGGUUUACGCUGAAAAUCAUUUAAAAUAUGAUCACUGUGCUAACACUGUAUUGCUCCACUGCAGUUUAACUGCAAAGUGACUUAAAAAGCAGUAUCCUCUCAGUUUACAGACCUGCAUCAGUUCAUUGGACUUUUUAAUUGUAGAUCCUACUUAAUGAUGAUGAAUGCCUUAAACCACUGAUUGAUGUCCACAUUUUAAGAAAGAGAAUAUAUUGCAGUUUCAUUGUCGUUACGUUUUCAAGCCAGUUUAAUGUAGCAAGUUAUCAGUGUAUUAUGUGCAGAAAUAUGUCUACUGUUUUUCACCUAUUUGAUUUUUCUGAUGAAGAAUGCCACAAAAAAUAAUAUCAGUAUUAUACUAGAUGGCCAAUUUAGUAUAAUAAUCUUUGAUUUAAACAGUAGAUUACUCUUUUUUUGGCCAUACCCGGCCGUUGAUCGGAAAUGAUUGUCCUAUCAAUUUCUCCUCAUUCAGCUCUAAUGAAGUCCUCGCUGAGUUCAUCAACGUUAUGUGCAAUAUGCAGUGCUGAGAUUAGAGUAAAAUGAAUCUGAGGUCAUGCUCGGGCAGAAAACAUUGACCAAUCUGUCUUCAAAGGAGCUUUUUAUGUAACAGUUUUAUAGGAGUAUUUUGAAGACACACACAAUGAUGGUAUACUGUUAACUUUCAGUUGCUGUAUUUCUCUUCGUCCUUGCUUUGUAACAAACCGUAUUAGUAUAUAGAGCCCAACCUGGGUUAUUCUUCUGGAGACGUGAUUAGCUGUUUUAUUGUGUGCUCCAAGGCUCAAGAAGCAAUAGCGUCAUAAACCCUUUUUUUCUUUUUGAUGCAUUCAAACUAUCAUCGUCAGUUAUUUCACUGAAAAAAAUGUAAAGACACAUUCAAUGCCUUUGACACUGAACUGUAUAAUUAUCUAGUUUUGUUCUCGUGUUUGGUUCUUUCUUGGACCUUCAGUAUGUCACACUUGUUUUACAUGUUGUAACACAUAUAUAUAUUGCUAUUCUGACUUUUAUACAACUACCUAUGAUCCUUUUCAUGUUUAAUUGAUUCUAUGUGACUGAAAAACUAUUGUAUUCUUGUGUAUAUAAUGAUAUAUACAGCAGUUAUGACAUACAUGAAGCAGAAGCUGUGGAUAACAGUAUUGGACUUGUGGUUUCUGCUACAUGCGUGUGAAUUAGACAAAAGACGUAGGCUGUAUUUUCUUGUCAUGUUCAGCAAUAAAGGGACUGCCAUGAACAGAUGGUUUCAUUCCCGCUUUAUAAUUUGCUGAUGACUCAUAAGUGUUAAAUGAGCUGUGGAUUGAACAUAUUCUCUGUAAUUGUGCUGUAAAAGAAAGACUGAUGUGUAUGAAACAGAUGUAGCAAUGCUGCACAAAUUGAUUUUAAUAAAAAUUUAAU